AGUGUAGCCCCAGCAGUGCCACCUGUCAGUGUCCAUCAGUGCCAGCUGUCAGUGCCCAUCAGUGCCACAUCACUGCCUUUCAGUGCCACCUAUCAGUGCUGCCAAUCAGUGCCACCUAUCAGUGCCAGUCAGUGCCGCCUAUCAGUGCGCAUCAGUAUCACCUAUCAGUGCCGCCUAUCAGUGCCAGUCAAUGCCGCCAAACAGUGCCAGUCAGUGCCACCUAACAGUGCCAGUCAGAGCCGCCUAUCAGUGCUGCCUAUCAGU